AAACACAUAAGAAUCUCUCUAUGGUUCUUCUUCUCAAGAACUUCAACAGAAAGAAGAAAAAACAGAGUCUCUCUCACAUUCUCUGAUAUUCAAUGGCAAAAUCCAAGAACAAUGCAAAGAAGUUAUCAUACAUAUCAGUUCCAUCACAAAUCAUAAACUCUAUAUCAUCUUCUUCUCUUCAAUCUCUCAUUGAUUCUCCAAAGAAGUCUUCAAAAACUACCAUCUUCACCAGAAAAUCAACACUCUGGUUUCUUGCUCUGUUUCUUGUUGGUUUCUUUGGUAUGUUCAAGUUUGGUUUCAACCCUGAUACCCCAUUUCCUCAAAAACCAUGUUCCACAACUCUGCAGAAGUUCUCAAUAUCAAAUCAUCAUUCAUUUUCCAAACUUGGUUUUGGUAGUGUUCUCUUGCAGAAAGAGAGAAAAACAUCUUUGAAGAAUGAUCAUAAUGAUGAGUUUUUGCAACAUGGUAGUGAGUUUUUGGUUUCUCAUGUGCAACUUCAAGCAAAAGGGUCUAGUGAGUUUUGGAAGAAACCAAAUGGUUUGGGAUAUAAACCUUGUUUGAGUUUUAGUAAUGAUUAUAGGAGACAAAGUGAAAGGGUUUUGAAGGAUAGAAGAAAGUAUCUUAUGGUUGUUGUUUCUGGUGGGAUGAAUCAACAGAGGAAUCAGAUUGUUGAUGCUGUUGUUAUUGCUAGGAUUCUUGGUGCUGCUUUGGUUGUUCCUGUUUUGCAAGUCAAUGUUAUUUGGGGUGAUGAAAGUGAAUUUGGUGACAUAUUUGAUCUAGAACACUUCAAAAGAGUCCUUGCAAAUGAUGUGAGAGUGGUUUCAGCAUUGCCAUCAACACACAUAAUGACAAGGCCAGUAGAAGGAAGACCUCCACUUCAUGCCACUCCGAGUUGGAUCCGUGCAAGAUAUCUCAGAAGACUCAAUAGAGAAGGUGUUUUGCUUUUACGUGGCUUGGACUCGAGGCUUUCAAAGGAUCUUCCUUCUGAUCUUCAGAAGCUUCGUUGCAAGGUUGCUUUUAAUGCAUUAAGAUUUGCUGAGCCAAUUGAGGAACUUGGUAACAAGAUCGCAGAUAGAAUGAAAAGCAAAGGACCUUACCUUGCUCUUCAUUUAAGAAUGGAAAAAGAUGUAUGGGUGAGGACUGGUUGUCUCCCUGGUCUAACUCCUGAGUAUGAUGAGGUUAUUAACAAUGAGAGAAUACAAAGACCGGAACUCUUGACUGCGAGAUCAAACAUGACUUACCAUCAAAGAAAAAUGGCUGGACUUUGUCCUUUGAAUGUUAUGGAAGUUAUGAGGCUAUUGAAAGCUCUAGGAGCUCCAAAAGAUGCAAGAAUUUAUUGGGCAGGAGGGAAACCAUUGGGUGGAAAAGAAGCCUUACUUCCAUUAAUCCAAGAGUUUCCUAAUUUUUACAAUAAGGAAGAUCUUGCCUUGCCAGGAGAGUUACAACCAUUUGUAAGGAAAGCUUCUUUAAUGGCUGCCAUAGAUUACAUAGUCUCUGAGAAGAGUGAUGUUUUCAUGCCAUCUCAUGGAGGAAAUAUGGGCCGUGCAAUUCAGGGUCACAGGGCAUUUACUGGACACAAGAAGUAUAUAACUCCAAACAAGAGACACAUGCUUCCUUAUUUUCUAAAUUCUUCACUCUCUGAAGAAGAGUUCAACAGGAUUAUCAAGGAACUGCAUCAAGACUCAUUAGGGCAGCCAGAGCUAAGGACUAACAAAAAUGGGAGAGAUGUUACCAAGUAUCCUGUCCCUGAGUGCAUGUGCAAUGACUCACAUGCUCAAUCCUGAUUUACACAUUCACACAAGAAUCUGGUAUAUGAAAGUUACCCUACCACUUUGGAUGGUUGUUUCAUUUUUUGAUCCCUUUGAAAGUACUUCAAGCUCAUUUCAGGGGGAAACUAUGAGAGUUCAUAGCACAUAUGUAGCAUCGACACUUCUAAUUGAAGACAUGUUUGGUGUACGAGACCGACAUGACACCGGUACAAUUUAUUACAUCUAAUCACCUUUAUUUUGGUGCCUACGUGUCAGUGUCGUGUCUAGUGUCCGAGACCGGCAUCGACCCUUCUAAUAUCUAUUGGGGUCUACGUGUAUCUGGUGUCCGUAUUUGUGUCAAUGCUUCAUAGUAGCACCAUUCUUUUACACAUACAUCCCUGCAGGUGUACUCCCAUCAAUACUUAGUUAGGUUUGAUAGCUAUAUGGAAAUGUAGUUUAUACAACAGAUCAUUGUUUUUUUUAUUCUUUAUACAAAGUGAUUGUAUAGGAUACAUGUUCUCUUCUCUUUUUUUUGUGUAAUUCUUGUUAUUUCAUUAUUAUGAAUACUUGUGAAUAUUUGUAUAAAUUAAAAUAUUUUUAUUAUAGUCAUUUGGUAUUGUAAGACAAGUUAGAUGAAAAAUAUUGUAAAAGUUCUGAUGGUGGUUUCAGAAAGGUUGAAAAUGUGCUGCAUUUUAUGAUAAA